GUGCGCCUGCGCGUCUGGCUACUUCCGGUGCCAGGGGGCGGCCGCGCGGGGUUGGAUGUCGGCUCCCUUCGAGGAGCGCAGCGGGGUGGUGCCUUGCGCCACGCCCUGGGGCUGCUGGUACCAGACGCUAGAGGAGGUGUUCAUCGAGGUGCAGGUGCCGCCGGGCACGCGGGCCAAGGACGUGCGGUGCCGCCUGCAGAGCCAGCGCCUGGCGCUCUCCGUGCAGGGCCAGGACCUGCUCCAGGGUAAACUCUUUGACUCUACAAUAGCUGAUGAAGGGACAUGGACAUUAGAGGACAGGAAAUUAAUACGUAUUAUUCUAACCAAGACUAAUCGAGAUGCUGGCAAUUGUUGGGCUUCUCUGUUAGAAAAUGAGUAUGCUGCUGAUCCUUGGGUACAAGACCAGAUGCAAAGGAAACUUACGCUGGAGAGAUUCCAAAAAGAGAACCCUGGAUUUGACUUCAGUGGAGCAGAAAUUUCUGGCAACUACAGCAAAGGAGGACCAGACUUCUCUAGCCUUGAAAAUUAAAUUAUUACUUUCAACUGGGUUUAAUGGUACCUGAGAGAAUUCAUUUUAAACUGAAGGGUUUGUAGCUAAUGAAGACUUCAUUUAUCUACCCAGUGGAAUGUCCCUGAAGCAGUUCGUCUCUAAUGUGCUACCCUGCCUUGCUUUCUGCCAAAUGGAUAGACAGUUCCUUUCAGUGGGGUCUAGGCAAACAGCAAAUGGUAAAAGGGUUCCUGUUGACUUGUGCUAACUUGCUAAGAAGAAAAUAACGUGCACACUUGACAAGCAUAUUAUUUUAAAUGACAUAUAAACAGAAAUAUUUUUGGAGAAGUGCUCCAUCUUAAAUUGGAGUCACUGUUAUCAGGAAACCACUCUUAUGAAUGCGAGUUUUCAACAUCAGCUACUAUUUUCUUUUCAAGAAUAAAUUCCACUGGUAAACCGCUUAGCUGUGUGUUCCAUAACUAACUUCAAAAAGUAUGUUUGUGGCUCUUGCUGGGUAAGCAGCCAGCUGAUAAGAAGUUUGAUUGUAAAGCUGGUGGCAGAAUGAAGAGUAUUACUCCAGGCUGUAGAAAUUCAGAUUUGACAUUCUAUUCAAGUGUCAUAUAUCACCAAGGGAUGAGUAUGAUGGCAUCAUGACUUGAGUAGAAGUACGUUUAGAUAUGCUUACUGUCUAUAUAUUAUGUGUGUGAAGAGAAUAUUUUGAUAUCUGAAAGGGUAGAACACUGAGAGAGAUGGCCACACUUAAGCUGUUAACUUGUGUAUCUUACUGAAUAACAUGCCUGUGUGUAAGACAACUAAUGUGCACUCAUAAAUUUUUGUACGCAAUCUGAAUUAAAAAAUAUAAAUUUGUAAUGAUAGGUUUGUGCUGUUGUUCAGUGUAAUCCCCAGGCAAAUUAUGUAUUUUCAGGACCCAGUCUGGUAAAUUGACUGUUAUAAUGCCCAUUGGGUACAUAUAGACUAUCCACUUCUAAGGGUAGAAGGUAGAGAGGCCUACUUAAGUUGUACCAUGUUUUAAAUAUUAACAAAUAGACUGUUAUUUUCUAGGUAGAGUCUCUGCCAGCAGUUUAUCCAUUUAACCAGAUUAAAAAUGGUUAGUAAUCCAUUUAACAUGGGGCAGUGAAAAGAAGGAACAUGGUUUCAAGCAGAUAAAUCUAAUGCGGGGAGGGGAGGAGUGAAAUAACAGUAAUGCAGAAGGUGAGAAUUAGUUCCAGCAAGUAUGGUUGAGUAUAACAUGGUGCAGUAUUUUAUUGACCCCUAGUUAGUAACAGGAUUCAGUACACUCUAUUGGUAACAGAAUGAUGUUGGCAAUCUGUAGCCUGUAGCUAAUAUUCCUAAGCAGUCAGUAAGUGUAGUGUUAUAGUCUUAGUUUUGGGGUGGAUAGAACUAAUGAAAGUACAUUAUUAAAAUUUUAAAGGUAAUUCUUUUAAAAUGCACACAAAAGAAACAUACUGUAUUUAAUAGAAGAUAAGGCUAUUUUCCAUUUAAUUGGUGGGGGCAGGGGCAGGUAGUUUAUGUGGUUGUGAUGUUGGAGCUGCUGUCAUCGUGUGUGUGUCCCCCCCACUUACCUCCAGUAGUGCCAUUUGCCUGUUAGUAGCUUCAGCUCCAACCCAGCUUGGGGCACAGAGCAUGUGCUGCCUUCAUCCCGUGCCCAGCCAUGUAACUGAUCCAGUUCCAUGGCUAGAGCUGGAGUUGCCAAUACCACUGCUGUGGCUGGAGUCCUGACUGAGGGUAAUGGCAACAGUGGGGGAGGGGUUGCAGGAUCACAGGGGGCAAGAUGUUGGGCAGGGGGGCAUAUGCUGGGAGUGCAGACAGCA